AUGUGCUGUGACGUCAACACACUGCUGGUGGCCCUCCCCUUUCCCGCAUUUCUGUCCCCCAAUUUGAACCGUCGUCAGAAAACGCGCCUCGGGUGUGUGGUUCUUCAAAGGAGGAUCGCGUGGAGGCAGAUCUGCACCGAAGCUACCAAGGAUCCGUUGAAGGAAGUCACCAAGUCGUCUAUCAAUGCACCGUUGAAGCACCUGGACCAGCCAACAAGGAGAUUACGAACGGAGGAGAUGACGAACGGAGCUGCCAAUGAAGCAGUGAACUACAAGCAGCUGAACUUAUGGACCAAGAAGCCUACGAGCAGACAAUCAAGGAGCCUACGAGCUGCUAACCAAGGAGCCCGAGCGGCCUACCAAGGAGCCUUCGAAGCAGCCCACGAAGCCGCCAUGGAAGCUGUUGAGCAGCGCGGCGGACUGCAAGGCAGCGCGGCGGACUGCAAGGCAGCGCGGCGGACUGCAAGGCAGCGCGGCGGACUGCAAGGCAGCGCGGCGGACUGCAAGGCAGCGCGGCGGACUGCAAGGCAGCGCGGCGGACUGCAAGGCAGCGCGGCGGACUGCAAGGCAGCGCGGCGGACUGCAAGGCAGCGCGGCGGACUGCAAGGCAGCGCGGCGGACUGCAAGGCAGCGCGGCUGACUUCAAGGCAGCGCAACUGGAGCGAACUUACCAAGAAGCAACCAAGGAGCGAAGCUACCAAGAAGCACCUGAACUUAGUGGACCAAGGAGCUUACCAAGGAGCUUACCAAGGAGCUUACCAAGGAGCUUACCAAGGAGCUUACCAAGGAGCCUGCCAAGAAGCCCGAGCGGCCUACCCAAGGAGCCUUCGAAGCAGAUGA